AUGGGAGAGGGGCAAUACACAAGUUAUUUGCAAACCAUGCAAUCAAUGAGGCCUGUUAUUAUCCUCCUCUUAUACUUUAUCAGCAGACUAAGGGCUGCUUUGGGAACUGAGCAUGCAAAAAACAGAGACUUCCUUGAUUUUACCUUUGGAGCUCUUCCUCCGGUCGACAAAUAUUUCAUUUCAUCGGAUCCGUUUUCCACCUCUAAGACUCUUGCGCAAGAGCUUGCUGCAUCAACUUCAUUUGCUGAAGCUAGUUACCUCUACCCCUCAGCAACAGCAGCACUUGCGGCUGCAUUGACACAUGCAGGAGAGUUCCAAUCUUAUGCACAUAGCAGUUGGACUACUGAUACUAUGGGCUACAUAUCUUUGUCUAAUAACAUCCCUCCUACAAGUUCUCCACCUAAGGACAUUGGUGAGGUAGAAAAACUUGUAUCAGAAGGCAAAGUAGCGGCUGUCUUUGUCGAGCCCAUACAUGGCAAUGGAGGGAUAAAAAGCUUUACACCACAAUACCUGCAGUCUUUACGGACUGCUUGCGAUAAAUCUGGAGUAUUACUUGCAUUCGAUGAGGUUCAAUGUGGCAUAGGUCAAACGGGCCGGCUUUGGGCCCACCAAGCACUCGGUGUAGAGCCGGAUUUUAUGAUUGUGCGAUUCCGUGGUAUGGACAUCGGGGCUCUUGUGGUGAAUAAAAAAAUGAAUACCCAUAUACACAAAUAUGAAAACGAGCACAUGCACAUCCCUCGGGAAUGUGGUGAGGCUUUAAAUGUCUUCAGAAAAGUAGCUCAGCGCCGCUAUUUGGACCACAUAACAGAAAAAGGUCGAUACUUGGAAGAUAUUCUAAGUAAGCAACUAGGAAGAAACGCUCGUGUAAGAGGAAUACAAGCAUUCGGCCUUGUAGCUGCAGUGGAGCUAGAUGUUGAUGCGCAAUCGUUUGUCGAUGAAUGUAAGAAGCGUGGUCUUGGGAUAGAGGCUGUAGGGAAAGGAAACAUCAUCCGUAUCAUGCCUCCAUUUUUGGUUAGUACAUAUCAGCUGGAUGAUGCAGUUGGCAUCAUAGAUGAGUGUCUGGGCGUUCUUGGAGGCAAUGAUUGGGUCGGACCAUUGGCAUCAUAA